ACUCUCGUUUAGCUGAGUAAAUGGGAAAACGCCUCGGUUAAGUUAAUAACAAAGUGAAAUGUGAAGCUAUUGCUCCCUGCACUUUUGAAUUUGAGGACGAUGCUAAACGAAGACUACUUCACACGUGGAAUCAACCACAUUUGGGAAACACUUUCACUUUCGGAGCAACUAAAAGAUGCAAAGUCACCCAUGGGAGACUGUUGUACAAGCUGUGUGGCAGAAAUAUCCAAACCCGAUGAAUCCUGCAGUAGUGGGUGUUGAUGUUGUUGACAGGAGAGUAACAAAAGGAGUAUUGAAAACACAUCGUCUGAUCAGUACAAAGUGGGGCCUACCAUCCUCAGUGACAAAAGUGCUUGGAGCAGACAGAAUGUUUUAUGCAAGUGAACAUUCUGUAGUAGAUCCAGUAAAGAAAUCAAUGAUUCUUAUGUCAAAAAAUAUCACUUUUUGCAAAGAAGUUUCUAUAGUUGAGAAAAUGACUUAUUCCCCUCAUCCAUCAAAAGAAGAUUGCACCAUAGUAAAACAAAAAGCAGAAGUCACAAUCCAUGGUAUUCCUUUAAGCAGCUACCUUGAAGGCUUUAUCACUGGAAAAAUAUCAGUUAAUUCUAGUAAGGGCAAGCAAGGUAUGGAGUGGGUUAUUACUAAAAUCAAUAAAGAUGUUCAGGAACUAACCAGCAAAACAGUAAAAAGCAUGGAUGAUCUUGUUCAUCUGUCUGGAGAACCCUUAACGAAUUUCAGCUUCAGGAAAUGACAAUGGCUUUAGCUU